AUGUUUUAUUAUCCUAGACCAACUCCUCAGGAUGUUCUAUUUGAAGAACAAGGAUUAUAUUUCCCUAAUAGUUUUAGAGGUGAUGAAAUCUAUGAGUGGAAUGUAGAUGGCUUAUCUGAUAGACAGAUAUCAACAAUGGUACAUAGAAUGUUAAUGUACAAUACCAUCUGUAAUGCCCUUUCGAAAACUAAUGAUAGGGGCAUUGCUGAAAUAAUUACGGCAGGUUUUACUGGUCAGCUUAAAGGCUGGUGGGAUAAUUAUCUUACCCAAGACCAAAAAACCAAAAUCGUUCAGUCUGUAGUAAAGAGAGAAGAUGGCCAAGAGGUCAUGAACGUUGUUUAUACUCUAAUUAUUAAUAUUAUUGAGCACUUCUCUAGAAGAUGGUCCAAUAAUAGUAAAAGUAUUAGGACUCUGCUCCAAAAUCUUAGAUGUAAGACACUGACAUCUUGGAGAUGGUAUAAAGAUAUAUUCAUUUCAAGAGUGAUGGAAUUACCUGAGAGUAAUAGUUCUCAUUGGAAGUCCAAGUUUAUAGAUGGUCUUUCCAUGUUAUUUGCUGAAAGAAUUAGGAAAAACCUUAGAGGUCCUAAUGUGAAUACUAACCAUGAGGCUUACACCUAUGGUAACCUUAUAAAGGUUGUCACUCAAGAAGGUUUAGCUUUAUGUAGUGAUAUUAAGUUAAACCAACAGAUUAAGAAGUAUCAUCUUACUGAGAGACAACAGUUGGGAAAAUUUUGUGAGCAAUUUGCUAUAGAUAUUCCCAAAACCUCUAGAGAAUCUCAUAAGAGUAAGAAAAAGUACCCUGAAGAGAAAAAGUCUAAGAAAAUUGAUAAGAAAGGAAAAAUAAGAGAGGAUUACAAAUCCAAAAAGGCUUAUAGAAAAGCCAAUAAGACCAACACUUGUUACCGAUGUGGUAGAUUUGGUCACUUUGCAAAAGAUUGCAAAAUAAAAAGCAAGAUCAAAAGUCUCACUAUUGAUGAUAAUAUUAAAGACUCUCUGUGUAAGAUUUUGCUCAAUUCCUCUCGGGAUAACUCCAGUCCAGACCAUAGUGAUAAUUAG